AUGGCUACCGCAGAAUACAUCGGAGCGCUCAUCUCACUGGUGUCGAAAUCCGACAUCCGAUACCAAGGUCUUCUGGCCUCGAUCAACCCGAAUGAGGCAACGAUUGCGCUCGAAAGAGUGCGCUCAUGGGGAACUGAAGGCCGACGAUCUGCACAGGGAAAGUCGCAAGAAGAGAUCCCCCCUAGCGAUCAUGUGUACGAUUACAUCAUGUUUCGUGCUGCCGACGUAAAGGAUCUCAAGAUUGACGAUCCCAACCCGCCAAAGCAGCAACGUCCGGCUCCGCAACCUGUGCUCAACGACCCUGCAAUUCUUAACUCGUCGGCACAGCAGCUAAGCGGCUAUGUACCGCCAACGGGCAUGUAUGGCAUGCCACCACCGCCACACUUUGGUGCGGUGCCACUCGCGGGCGCGCCCGGCUUCAAUGGUCCACCCCCUCCGCAGUUCAACAGCGCGCCUGGUGCUCGUCCGCAGCAACCGUCUGCAACGGUUCCGCCAAACAACGAAGCGGCUUCUAUCGCACCUGCACCUGCACCUGCACCUGCACCCGAGACGGCACCUACUAAAUCCGCAUCCGCAUCCGCAUCUCCAGCUGCACCGUCUCAACCAGUUACAUCUAACGACCAGUCAAGCGCUGACAAGGUGCUCGAAGAGAUGUCGAAACUGAGUGUCUCAAAACCUGGAUCUUCACAACAGCAGGCUGCAGCAUCACCAUCGUUGCUUGCACCUGCAGUGCACGGUCUGCCUGCCAUUCCACACGCUGCUGCGGCUGCAGCCAAUGCUGCUGCGCAGGCGGAGCGUCGCACGAACCACGCCGCGCGAGGCGGUGCAAGGGAACACCGGGUUCACCGGGAGGUUAGUGGACCCAGUAUGCCGAACAGGGAGUUCGAUUUCGAAUCGGCCAACGCCAAGUUUCAGAAGCACAAACAAGCGGGCACGGGCGGUGGCGAACAGGAUGAAUCGACACCGAGCAAUUCGCAUGUGGCCGGAGGAUUGCUGGAUUCCAUUCCACCGGCGACAGGCGAAAGUGGUGCCAACUUCUACGACAAAAAGAGUGGCUUCUUUGACAAUAUCUCGUCCGAGAUCAAGGAGAGGUAUGAGAGGAAUGAUCAGCCGCGUGGAGGACAGUCAUACGAAACGAGCAAUGGAUCCUUUGACACUCGCGGCGGCCGCGGUGCAGGCGGGGGACGAGGUGCAAGCGGUAGGGCAAGGGCAAACCGCGCGGCUGAGGAGAUCAAGAACAUGCAGACGUUUGGCGAUACAGGUGCUAGCACCACCCCUGGCGCAACGCGUGCAAGGGGACGAGGCAGUCGAGCCGGUUUCCGAGGUGCAAGAGGCCGUGGCGCGCCCAGAGGCGGCGCACCAAAUGCAUACUCGAACACCGCUCCCAUGCGAAUCGCUUGA